AUGCUGUGCAAUCCCGAGGCUGAAUGGCACUGCAAUCCUAAACCGUCCUCUCCUCCCGCGCCUACCUCCCUCCUCCGUCCUCUCCUACUUCCCCCUCUCAUCACCCGUCAUUCCCCCAUCUGCCCUCUCCUCCUUCCCCCUCUCAUCACCCUUCCUUCCCCCCUCUGUCCUCUCCUCCUCCCCCCUCUCAUCACCCUUCCUUCACCCCUCUGUCCUCUCCUCCUCACCACUCUCAUCACCCUUCCUCCCCCCCUCUGCCCUCUCCUCCUUCCCCCUCUCAUCACCCUUCCUUUUCCCCUCUGUCCUCUUCUCCUCCCCCCUCUCAUCACCCUUCCUUCCCCCCUCUGUCCUCUCCUCCUCCCCCCUCUCAUCACCCUUCCUCCACCCCUCUGCCCUCUCCUCCUUCCCCCUCUCAUGACCCUUCCUUCCCCCCUCUGUCCUCUCCUCCUUUCCCCACUUUGCGCGCCUUCUCCCCCCCUCUGUCCUCUCCUCCUUUCCCCUCUUAGCGCUCCUACCUCCCCCAUCCGUCCUCUCCUCCUCCCCCCUCUCAUCACCCUUCCUCCCCCCCUGUGCCCUCUCCUCCUUCCCCUCUCAUCACCCUUCCUUCCCCCCUCUGUCCUCUCCUCCUUUCCCCACUUUGCGCGCCUUCUUCCCCCCUCCGUCCUCUCCUCCUUCCCCCUCUCAUCACCCUUUCUCCCCCCCUCUUCCCUGUCCUCUUUCCCCCUCUCAUCACCCUUCCUUCCCCCCUCUGUCCUCUCCUCCUCCCCCCGCUGA